AUGAGGGCAAGAGAGCGAGAGCUGCCCAAUGGUUCCCCGGCCCGUGGAAACCGCAGCCCUCCUCCGCCCUGUUUCCUUAUCUGCUCUAAAGCCUUCCCGCUCCGAAGUGGGAUCCAGCGCCGGGCUUUGCGCCUCCGGCCGGCGUCCCCCGUUUCCUGGCUCCCUUCCCAGCCGGCUCGGCUCCAGACGCCGGUGACGCUGUGGGAAGAGUCCGGCGACGGGGUGAUUUACACUGUGAGCUGCCGGUCGCCGGGGGGAGCCCGCAGCCCCAUUGGGGGCUCCGACGGCGGGGGCGAGGAGGCGUCGCCGUCGGAGCCCCCCUCUCUGGGCCAGUGCCGGGUGCUGAAGGCCGCCGCUCUGCCCGCCCUGGUGCGGCACCUCCUGGAGGCCCCGAUGCUGGGCGAUCCCUGCUACGUGCCCGCCUUCCUGGCCACCUACCGGACCUUCGCCGCCCCCCGCCUGGUCCUGGUGCAGCUGCUGGAAAGGCUCCAGGAGCUUGAGAAUUCCGGGCCGGAGGUUGCUCCAGAAAGGACGGAGCUGCAGCGGGUGCUGGGGUCGCUGCUGUGCUCCUGGCUGGAUGGGUACCCGGAGGACUUUGCGGGCCUGGAGCCCGGCCUGCGGGAGCAGAUCCUGGCCCGCCUGCGCUGGGCCCUCGGGAGCGGAUCCGAGCAUGAGAGGAGCCUGACGCCGGCCCCGACGGAAGGAGCCCCGGUGCCACGGGAGGAGCCGGAGGGAGACGAGGCCGUUGCGGAGGACCCAGAUGCCGACCCCCAUUACAUCCUUGGCCUGCAGGCAGACGAAGUGGCGGCCCACCUCACCGCGCAGGAUGCCGAGCUCUUCCUCCGCCUGGUGCCCCACGAGUGCCUGGGCUCCUUCUGGUCUCAGCGCGACAAGAAGGGCCACGAGGGGGCCUGCCCCACCGUCCGGGCCACGGUGGCCCAGUUCAACCGGGUGGCCAACGCCGUCGUGGCCUCCUGCCUGAGCGACACGGGGCUGCGCGCCGCGCAACGGGCCCGCCUCCUGGAGAAGUGGAUCCGCGUGGCCGAGGAGUGCUUCUUCCUCCGGAACUUCUCCAGCCUCUACGCCGUGGUCUCGGCCCUCCAGUCCACGUCGUUGCAUCGGCUCAAGCGGACCUGGGAAGAGACGUCCAGGGACUGCAUCCACUGCUAUGAGGGACUCAGCGCCAUCUGCUCAGAGAAGGACAACUACCGCCAGAGCCGUCAGCUCCUCUUUCAGGAAGGCUGCCCCGGUGCCGAGCCCACCCAGCGGAGGCAUCAGCGGAAAACACUGGAGCAGCGCCCCACGGGCGUGGUCCCCUACCUGGGCACUUUCCUCAAGGACUUGGUCAUGCUGGACGCGGCCACACGGAACCGGCUGGCGAACGGAUACAUCAAUUUUGAGAAGCACCGCAAGGAGUUCGAAAUCUUGACGCAGCUGCGCCUCCUGCAGGCCGCCUGCCGCAACUACACCCUGAGGCCUGACCGCACCUUCCAGGGAUGGUUGCAGCGCCUCCCCCGCCUCACUGAGGGCAAAAGCUACCAGCUUUCCUGUGCUAUCGAGCCCCUCGGGGAGGGAGGGACCCCCACCAGACCCGUGAAGCCUUCCGUGGUCAUCACCCACUGCACAGACAUGCUCAGCUCCAUCGGGAUCGGCGCGCCCAUGUCCUGGGACAAGCCCGGCUCCCCCCAGGCGCCCCCCGACCUGCUGGUCUCUUCUGCUCCUUCCCUGGCCCAGCAAACAAAGUGGCCCUCGGUCUCCGUGCUCGACAGAGCCACAGAGGACGACCUGCCCUCUUCGCCUGGGGGCUUGGCCCCACCACCACCCGCCACUGGGGGCGGCUUUGCCCGCGGGCACCGGCGCUCGGCGUCCUGCGGGUCGGCCUACCCCAAACCCCCCACGCCCGGGAGCCCCGCUGCCUCAGAGUGCCGCUUCAUCCGCGUGCGCAUGGAGCUGCAGAAUGGCACUCUCUACAAGUUCUACGGAGGCUGGACGACCAUCGUUCAAGUGACGAGUCAGGACAAGGCGCCCACCGUGAUCGCGAAGGUGCUGGAGAAGCACAACCAGGAUCGGGGCCUGGCCCCCAACUAUGAGCUGGUGCAGCUCCUGGGCGAAGGCCGAGAAUUGGCCUUCCCGCCCACGGCCAACAUCUUCUAUGCCAUGAACAGUUCAAGCCUGGACUUCAUCCUCCGCCGCAAGCACCCGCCAGACCCAACGUCCCCACCGCUGCCUCCUCCCCGGACCCCGGCGCCACGGGCCACGGACGUCCACGCCACUUUCCCGAAGAUCAAAGCCACCGGGCGCAAGAUUGCCAGGGCCUUCUUCUGAGGCAGAGACUGGCACGACCCGAAUAGCCUCUGUGCCUGGCGGCAGCCCUGCAACCAUGAGCAUGCCGUCAUCCGGCGACUGGAGCGGGGCCUCGCGGGCGACCGCCUUUGCUUUGCUGGCUUCCGCGGGGACCCAGUUUUGCGUGCCCUUUGCUGCAGCUGUUGCACCCGUGGAUGAACACGGGGUUUCCCGGAGGCUUUAUGGAACUCAGCAUGCGAGGCUAGAAGAGCUAAGGAAGGAAACUUGGGGGGGGGGUUGUGGGGGUGUAGGCCCUCGAGGGAGGACCCCUGCCCUUCCUCAAAAGCCUCUCCAAGCCAGGGCUUUGUUACACCGCUGGGGUGUUUCUCUCCUCCUCUUCCACCGAGGGCCUGGCUUCUGCCUCCCGCACUGGGUCCGGGCAAAGACGGGCCCACCUCACUUCCUGCCCAGACAGGAAGUGGACUUGGCAGUCGCCCGUUCCUGGGGGGGGGCAGGGAGGAGCCCCCCUCACGUGUGCCAAGGCUGUGGUGGGGAGGUUCUUCCACUAUAACGCUUGCACACUGCCAAGGGUUGGGUCUGAGGGAAGCCAUUUCUCAGGGAGUCUCAGCCGGGGGUGCUGAGAUGCAAACUUUCUCUUUCCAACCUCACCCGCCCCACGUGCAUAGGGGGAGCGUGGGUGCCCUCUUCCUGGCUGCCGCUGGAAUACCCCUGUGCUUGGCGCCACUCUGGACUCUUUAACACUAAUGCAACGAAGACACUAAGGCAGGAGGGGAGGGACGGCGCUUGGCCCUUCACCAGCCAGCUUCCGCUAGGGGGAGCAAGAGGAGAGCCACGGAGCCCACCCCCCCUCAGGACAGACGGGCUUCUUGCCCCCGGCCGGUGACCCACCCAUCUCAGAGGACCGGGACACAAGGAAGGGACCGGUGGCCCUCUGCGUUUGCAAAGACAGGGGUCGUGUGGUGUAAAUCCUUUAAUAAAUCUUGCCUUUUCUACAGAAGCGUCUGGUUCUGCUCAGCCUCUCUGAGAGCACACCGCCGUGUACCUGACCCUGGCAGACUGGGGUUAGCGGUUCACAGUCCUAAAGUGUGGGUCUCUUUCC